AUGACGGACAGCUUCAAACUACAUGUGGCCAUGUAUGAGCCUGUAUUUGGGGCGGGAACCAGGAGUCAUUUAAAGACAGAGUUAGGUCAUCUUCAGUUUCAAAGACCUAGAAUUGUCACCCUGAUGUCUGAGGACCUCAAAGUUCGGAGCCUCAAAAGGACCAAGGAGCCUGCUGACCAUGACAUGACACCUCCUUCCACGCUGUUCACCAGACCUGGAGGGCACCUGGGCCAGGAAGGUGGAGGCAAGCCCCUGACUGCGGGGUCGGAGAAGGAAGGACCGCCACGGAGUCCAGCCCCCGCCACUCAGGAGGUCCCACGUGGGGAGCCGCCCCCCUCCUGCGCUGUCCUGGGAGAGAAGACGCCACCCAAGGCCCCCGACGCCAGGGGAGCAUGCCAGCCACCAGGCUCUGUCUGCAAAGACAGAACCCUGGUCCCGCCCCGCCCCCAGCCUCAGGGAGACGGGUGUUCCGUCCCCAGGAGAGAGGCUAAGGCAGGGAAGAGGUCCUUCGCUCCGGGCUCUGGGAAGCAGAAAAAGUUUGUCGCCACGGGUCCAGUCUCCAUGUCACCUCCCCACGUCACUAACUCAGCCCGUGACACCAACAACCCAGUGCCCUGUGGGUCAGGCCGGGGGCCCUGCCACCUGGCCAACCUCCUCAGCACAUUGGCCCAGAACAGCCAAAACACAGACCAAAAGAAGCCCCUAGAAGUGACCUGCCAAGUGCGGAAAAAGACUCGAACCCUGUACCGCUCAGACCAGCUGGAGGAGCUGGAGAGGAUAUUCCAAGCAGACCACUACCCUGACGGUGACAAGCGCCGGGAGAUUGCCCAGACAGUGGGGGUCACCCCCCAGCGCAUCAUGGUAAAGGGGGCUGGGCAGCUCCUCGCGGGAUAGUCAGGACGGCUGAGCUUCUGCCCCUUCCUCAAGCUCUCCUAGUGUCUCUCCCUGCAGGUGUGGUUCCAGAAUCGCCGGGCAAAGUGGCGAAAAGUGGAGAAACUGAAUGGGAAGAAGGACAAGGACAGUCCUGCAGGUCCAGCCCCUGCCAGCGGCCAGGACAGCUCUGCUGCUGAGCUGCCACCUGCUGUGCCCAUGGACCCGGAGCCUGGUGCCUUCCCUCAGGAGCCCCCUCUAGACACACUGCCAGAGCCCCCCAUGCUUCUGACAUCUGACCAGACUCUGGCCCCAACCCAACAGAGCGAGGGUGCUCAGAGGGUGGCAGUGACCCCACCACUCUUCAGCCCCCCGCCUGUCCAAAGGGCCAAUCUUCCCUUCCCUCUCGGCUCUGCCCACACCCCCCAACUGAUGCCUCUGCUGAUGGACACACUUGGCAGUGACAGCAGCCACAGAGAUGGCUCCUGUGGGUCCUGGGGGACAAGUGUCACCCCACCCCCUACCUGCUCAUACCUGGAAGAGCUGGAACCCCAGGAUUACCAGCUGAGCAACCAGCCGGGACUGUUCCAGGUCUCCCAGGCUCCGCAGACCCAGCUUUUCCAACAGCCUCAGCCCCAGUUUUCCUAUCUGCACCCCUUCCCCUUCUCCACGCCCAGCUCACUGAUGCCCCCACUGCCAGAAGACGCUUUCUUCCCACCGUCUUACGGCCCCAAUGGGGGGACCUCACAGGGCUACUUCCCAGCGCCCCCGGCAGGGCAGGGCCUACUGCAGCCGCCUGCUGGGAGCAUGGGCACAGUGCCCUGGAAUGACCCUUGCUGGCCAGAACUGCCCUUCCCUGGUCCCUUCUGUCCCCAAGCUCUGGGGCACCCCUCAGGAGGGGACGGCUACUUUUCUGAUCUGUUUCCGGCUCCCUAUGCUCACCCUGUGAGCAGACAGCCUUCUCCAGGGCCCAGCCGGCUGCCUGACGGGGCCAGGCCAGGAGCUGGACCCUUACCCAGCAAGGCCCCCAGUGAGCAGCCCACGGCCACUGUGGAGCAGCAUUUGGCACCCAAGGAGGCCCAAGAGGAGGACAGAAACAGCCACGGCCCCUAG